UAGCCUGAGUGGGAAACCCGCUCGGUCUUUCCUGCCGCUUCCGAGCAGAGCUGGGAACAUGCCGACCAAAGGUCCUCUGCAGUCAGUCCAGGUUUUUGGACGUAAAAAAACAGCCACAGCUGUUGCUCACUGUAAAAGAGGCAAUGGUCUUAUCAAGGUGAAUGGGAGGCCCUUGGAGAUGAUUGAGCCUAGAACUCUGCAGUACAAGCUGUUGGAACCUGUGCUUCUCCUGGGCAAGGAACGAUUUGCUGGCGUUGACAUCAGAGUCCGUGUGAAGGGUGGUGGACAUGUAGCACAGGUUUAUGCUAUCCGCCAGGCUAUUUCCAAAUCACUGGUUGCUUACUACCAGAAAUAUGUGGAUGAGGCCUCCAAGAAGGAGAUCAAGGACAUCCUGAUCCAGUACGAUAGGACCCUUCUCGUUGCUGAUCCCCGUCGCUGUGAGAGCAAGAAGUUCGGUGGACCUGGAGCACGUGCUCGUUACCAGAAGUCCUACCGUUAAAUUUAUUCUGUACAUUUUCAUACAAUAAUAAAUCUGGACAAAAGUUCAA